AUGUCUGGAACCAUCGCCAGCGGCUCUACAGAGGCGACUUCCGCUUCUGUACGCAAAAUCAACCUCGUCCGCAUAUCGCAUAUCUAUUACACAUACAAAGACUUACAGAGGGCGAAGGCUUUCUUCGAGGAUUUCGGAUUUGUCGAGGCUCAAAGAAGUAAUGGCCGCGUCUAUUAUCGCGGCUACGGGGCAGAACCUUUCAUCGCCUGUGUUUCAGUGGGCUCCGAGGAUGGAUUCGGUGGGGCAGCCUUUGCUGUUGAGUCCGAAGGUGAUCUGAUUUACGCGUCCGAAACACUUCCUAGCGCUACGAAGCCUUACGACUUGACCGAUGCUCCCGGGGGAGGAAGUUGCGUUUCCUUUCGAAGUUCGGUUGAUGGCUUUUCCUUUCAUCUUGUGUUUGGACAGAAGAUGUUGAGCACGAAUGCUUCAUUUCCUGAACUGGACUUCAACUUUCCAACCAAGAAACACAGGAAUGCAGGCACUUUCCAGCGUUUUGAGAAAGGGCCUGCACUAGUCCACAAGCUUAGGCACUUCGGCGUUUGCGUAACUGAUUUCCAGAAAACAUACGACUUUUUCAUAAGUCGUUUUAAUUUCAUCCCUAGCGACGUGAGUUUACCAGAAACUCCGCGAGGAGAGCAGCACUAA